AGAGGGGCUGGGCUUGUCUCUGAACACACUCGGCUCUCAGACCUUCCGAGUUUCAUAAUGGCUCCUCAGGUCAGCGGCCGGCCUCAGAGGUUGCUGCUGCUCCCAUCAGCUCACCCCACCAUGAUCCUGUACCUGCUCUGCACUGCUCUCAUCCUCCGUGUUGUGGAUUCACACACAGUCAACGUGACGGAGGAGGAGCUGAGCACAGCAAAGAGGAACCGCACAUUCACUUCUGAAAACAAAUCCUUCAACUGGACGGCCAGUUCACACAGAGACAAAAACAGUCAGACUGAGAAUUGGCUGCUAAACAACCAAACAUCUGCUGUUAUCACCGAGGACGAUGAGAAUUUUCAAGACCAGGAAAUUUACUUCCCGAGCAAACACUGUCUUCAGCACCUCCUGAAAAACCUCAGUCACGAGUACUGCGGUGCACCUUUCCACACAGCAAUGCAGUCAGUUAGCACAGCAAAGUGGUGCGUUCUGAAAAAUGUCAUCAGACCAUACAACGCCAUGACGAUCUGUUUGGAGGAAGUGUCUCAGGUGCUCGGAUGUUAUUACCCAAACCCCGACAUUCAGGACUUCUUCAUCUACAUCCACUCUCUGUACUUCCAGGACUGUUCCAGUCAGGAUCCUCUAGAGACGGAUGCUCCACGCAGCAUGGUGAUCGUCCUCACUCUGAUCCCUGUCACCAUCAUCCCCGUGCUGGUUUAUGUGGUGGUUCGGAAAAGUGAAUUCCAAGAUUGAGUCGUGUUCGGCACCACGAUCACACUGUGUUCAUGUGUGUUCACUGUGUGAUUCUGAGUGUGUUUUAAAGGAACAGUCUCACUUUUUCAUAAUUACACUACACUGAAUUUCAUUCUAAAGACAGAGGCUGGUUAGCUUAGCAUAAAGACUGGAAGAAGUGGGAAACAGCUAGCCUGACUCUGAAGUUAUCAGCACCCACAUGAGCGGCAGUAGUUGUCCCUUGUUUCCAAUCUCCAUGCUAAGCUAAGCUAACCCUCUGCUGACUGUAGCUUCAUAAUUUCCAAACACAUGAGUGGCAUCAAUCAACUGUAAGAAUUGUCCACCAUGAAGUCAUACUCCCAAAAAAUAGCAGCAGUAACUGCUAUGCAUGCAAACUGUAUUCUUUUCAGACAUCAUGACUGUAGCUACUGUUAGCUUGUUAGCUCAGUUAGCUGUGCAGCUAGCCAGACUACAAGCAGAAAGAGGAGGAGAAAGAGGUUCUUUAGGCCCAGGGCUAGCUGGUAAGCACGCUAACUUUGUUUCUUCAACACAAGACGUUACGUCAUUCUGUUGACAGUUUUUUUUGCACAUUUUUGAAUGUUUUAAGCUGAAAUGAUUUCAUACUGCACUUUUAAUACAAUAUGUACUGAUGAAUACAUCCAAUCCAGUCAGAGCCUUUCCUUUAAAUGGAGCUUGGUAUGUUCGAUGGCUUUGUCAUGUUGAAACCGGACAGGAGACAACGACAAACUGGUGGAACAAAAAAUGCUGAAGCAUUAAGAUUACUCUGAAUCUGAACACUGAAAAUCAGAACGUUAAACUCUCAUAUACUGUAUCUGUACAUGUUUUCAUUAAAUCAAGUCAGGAAUA